CCAGACUUUACCACUAAACAGCACGCGGCGACAGAUCCUCUCGAACCUGAGACCAUACAGAACUGGGUCGAUAUCUUCGCAUUAAACGCCAUCGCCCCAUUUUUUGUCGCCCGCGCCUUCCAAUCCCUCCUCAUCAAAGGAGCAUAUUUCCGCCCCCGAGGCACCUCAAGCGUCAUCAACAUCAGCAGCAUCGCAGAAAGAAUCAACACACCGGGGCCCUGAGCAUGGCUUAUGGUGUGACGAAAGCAGCCUUGGACAAGCCCACCCUCGUUCUUGGGACGAGUUUUGCUGUGAGAG